CGGAGUGAUACAGAUACCUGCUUGAGCCCCUCAGUUAUUUUCUCUCAAGGGCUGAAGUCAGUCACACAGGAUAAAGGAGGGAACGGAAGGAGCAGAUCUUUUCGGGAAGAAGACAGGUUUUGUUGUCAGGUUCCUGGGAGUGCAAGAGCAAGUCAAAGCAGAGAGAGAGGAGAGAGGAAAAGCCAGAGGGAGAGAGGGGGAGAGGGGAUCUGUUGCAGGCAGGGGAAGGCGUGACCUGAAUGGAGAAUGCCAACCAAUUCCAGAGACACACAGGGACCUCAGAACAAAGAUAAGGCAUCGCGGACACCACACCGGGCACGAGCUCACAGGCAAGUCAAGCUGGGAGGACCAAGGCCGGGCAGCCGGGAGCACCCAGCAGGAAAAUGAGGUGGCUGCUUCUCUAUCAUGCUCUGUGCUUCUCCCUGUCAAAGGCUUCAGCCCACACCGUGGAGCUGAACGAUAUGUUUGGCCAGAUCCAGUCGCCUGGUUAUCCAGACUCCUAUCCCAGUGAUUCGGAGGUGACUUGGAAUAUCACUGUCCCAGACGGGUUUCGGAUCAAGCUUUACUUCAUGCACUUCAACUUGGAAUCCUCCUACCUUUGUGAAUAUGACUAUGUGAAGGUAGAAACUGAGGACCAGGUGCUGGCAACCUUCUGUGGCAGGGAGACCACAGACACAGAGCAGACUCCCGGCCAGGAGGUGGUCCUCUCCCCUGGCUCCUUCAUGUCCAUCACUUUCCGGUCAGAUUUCUCCAAUGAGGAGCGAUUCACAGGCUUUGAUGCCCACUACAUGGCUGUGGAUGUGGACGAGUGCAAGGAGAGGGAGGACGAGGAGCUGUCCUGUGACCACUACUGCCACAACUACAUUGGCGGCUACUACUGCUCCUGCCGCUUCGGCUACAUCCUCCACACAGACAACAGGACCUGCCGAGUGGAGUGCAGUGACAACCUCUUCACUCAAAGGACUGGGGUGAUCACCAGCCCUGACUUCCCAAACCCUUACCCCAAGAGCUCUGAAUGCCUCUAUACCAUCGAGCUGGAGGAGGGUUUCAUGGUCAACCUGCAGUUUGAGGACAUAUUUGACAUUGAGGACCAUCCUGAGGUGCCCUGCCCCUAUGACUAUAUCAAGAUCAAAGUUGGUCCAAAAGUUCUGGGGCCUUUCUGUGGAGAGAAAGCCCCAGAACCCAUCAGCACCCAGAGCCACAGUGUCCUGAUCCUGUUCCAUAGUGACAACUCGGGAGAGAACCGGGGCUGGAGGCUCUCAUACAGGGCUGCAGGAAAUGAGUGCCCAGAGCUACAACCUCCUGUCCAUGGGAAAAUCGAGCCCUCCCAAGCCAAGUAUUCCUUCAAAGACCAAGUGCUCGUCAGCUGUGACACAGGCUACAAAGUGCUGAAGGAUAAUGUGGAGAUGGACACAUUCCAGAUUGAGUGUCUGAAGGACGGGACGUGGAGUAACAAGAUUCCCACCUGCAAAAUUGUAGACUGUAGAGCCCCAGGAGAGCUGGAACAUGGGCUGGUCACCUUCUCCACAAGGAACAACCUCACCACAUACAAAUCUGAGAUCAGAUACUCCUGCCAGGAGCCCUAUUACAAGAUGCUCAACAAUAUCACAGGUAUAUAUACCUGUUCUGCCCAAGGAGUCUGGAUGAAUAAAGUAUUGGGGAGAAGCCUGCCCACCUGCCUUCCAGUGUGUGGGCUCCCCAAGUUCUCCCGGAAGCUGAUGGCCAGGAUCUUCAAUGGACGCCCAGCCCAGAAGGGUACCACUCCCUGGAUUGCCAUGCUGUCACACCUGAAUGGGCAGCCUUUCUGCGGGGGCUCCCUUCUAGGCUCCAGCUGGAUUGUGACUGCUGCACACUGCCUCCACCAGUCGCUCGAUCCGGAAGAUCCAACCCUACACAACUCAGACUUGCUUAGCCCUUCUGACUUCAAAAUCAUCCUGGGCAAGCAUUGGAGGCUCCGGUCAGAUGAAAAUGAACAGCAUCUCGGCGUCAAACACAUCACUCUCCACCCUCAGUAUGACCCCAGCACAUUCGAGAAUGACGUGGCUCUGGUGGAGCUGUUGGGGAGCCCAGUGCUAAAUGCCUUCGUGAUGCCCAUCUGUCUGCCCGAGGGACCCCAGCAGGAAGGAGCCAUGGUCAUCGUCAGUGGCUGGGGGAAGCAGUUCUUGCAAAGGUUCCCAGAGACCCUGAUGGAGAUUGAAAUCCCGAUUGUUGACCACGGCACCUGCCAGAAGGCUUAUGCCCCACUGAAGAAGAAAGUGACCAGGGACAUGAUCUGUGCUGGGGAGAAGGAAGGGGGAAAGGACGCCUGUGCGGGUGACUCUGGAGGCCCCAUGGUGACCCUGAAUAGAGAAAGAGGCCAGUGGUACCUGGUGGGCACUGUGUCCUGGGGUGACGACUGCGGGAAGAAGGACCGCUACGGAGUGUACUCCUACAUCCACCACAACAAGGACUGGAUCCAGAGGGUCACCAGACUGAGGAACUGAAUUUGGCCCCUCAGCCCCAGCACCACCUGUUGUGGUCAGUCAGCAGCAGAGGACAAUCCUCCGAUGCAAGCAGCCGUUUCUCCUUUCCUCCCUUCCUUCCCUCUUCCUUCAGCCUGUCCAUUACCGAGCAAUAGAGCGGGUAUCUUCGCCCCCUUUUCACUCUCUUUAAAGAGACAGAGCAGGGGAGUGCUCAGAACAUGAGGCCAAAUCCAGGCUCUAUCACUUAGUAGUUUGCAGUGCUGGGCAGGUGACUUCAUCUCUUCGAACCUCAGUUUCUUCAUAAGAUGGAAAUGCUAUACCUUACCUACCUCAUAAAAGUCUGAUGAGGAAAAAAUUAAUUAAUAGAUGCAUAGCACUUAGCACAGUGCAUAGCAUACCCUAUAUUUUCAAUAAAUGCGCUUUAGCAGAAGGUCGGUGUGUCUACCAGGCAAACGAAGCUGUCUUACAAACCCCUGCCUGGGUCUUAGGGUUGAUCAGUGACACACCUCUCCCCUCAACCUUGACCAUCUCCAUCUACCCUUAAAUGCUCUAUGCCACCGUGCAACUUUCCCAACAUCAAUCUUCGCCCUCACCCCUAAAAACUAAAACAGGCAAGGUUCUGAGUCCUGUGGUAUGUCCCCUAACAAUGUAGCUAGGAACAUGCGCUAGACGCCAGAUUGCGGGAGGUCCUGAGAGAAGCAGGGACAGGAGGGAGCCUGGGGAUUCUGGUUUGGAAAGGCAGACACCAGGUUCUAGAACUAGCUCUGCCCUUAGCCCCCUGUAUGACCCUAUGCAAGUCCUUUUCCCUCAUCUCAAAGGGUCCUCCAAGCUCUGACGAUCUAAGAUACAAUGAAGCCAUUUUCCCCCUGAUAAGAUGAGGUAAAGCCAAUGUAACCAAAAGGCAAAAAUUACAAUCGGUUCAAAGGAACUUUGAUGCAGACAAAAUGCUGCUGCUGCUCCCGUAAUAUCCACCCCUUUCCACCAAGGGUGGGUUCCCAAGGACAUAGGCCAGGCAAAGUGCGAGCCAAGGGAUCCUUCCUUAUUCCUAAGCAGAGCAUCUGCUCUGGGCCCUGGCCUCUUUCCCUUCUUGGGAAAUGGCUGCACGAGGUGGGCCCUGGGAGUUUGUACCCCAGGCCCCUAGACUCUUCCUUCCUAUGUCCACAGCUGACCCCAAGCAGCCAUUCCCCAAUUCCUCACCCCUGAGACUCACUGAACUCCCUAAUCUUGUAAGGCCAUAAGUGUUUUCCAAGCAGAAUGCCUCUCCCAUCCCCUCUCAGGAAGCUUCUAGAGACCUUAUGCCCUCCAGAGCUCCAAGAUAUAAGCCCUCCAAGGGAUCAGGAUCUCCAGGUUCCUGUCUUCUGUUUUAUAGAAACUGAUCUUCCCCAGGGGCUUUUAACUCUUGACCUGUAUGCAGCUGUUGGAGUAAUUCCAAGUCUCUUGAAAAAAAAGAGGAAGAUAA